UCGUAGCUAUCUAAUCCGAUUAUAUACCAAUGGAUCGGCCCUUUUCUCUUUUGUGGGGUUUGGGCCUGAUAUGUCUUUGAAACCCAAAAUGGAAUAGACAGAGAAGGGCCCAUUCGAUGUAUAGGUUGGCAUGAAUAGCCAACGACGUCGUUUGGAAGGCGACAACCAACGGCCAACCAAAUUGCUUGCAUAAGCGCGGAGAAUGAGGCAGUGACAGGAAGAAGGGAGAUGGCGGCGGCGUCGUUCAGGUGGAUACUCCAACUCCACAAGGACGUUCCGAAGGCGGCUAAGUUCUACUCACAAGGGCUUGACUUCUCUGUAAAUAUCUGCACUCUUCGGUGGGCAGAGCUCCAAUCCGGUCCUCUCAAGCUUGCCCUUAUGCAAUCUCCCAGUGAUAAUCUGAAGCAGAAUGGAUAUUCUUCACUUCUAUCAUUCACAGUGAACGACAUUAACAGUACAGUAACAAAAUUAAUGGCAUUAGGAGCUGAACUAGAUGGUUCCAUCAAAUAUGAAAUCCAUGGAAAGGUUGCUGCCGUGCGAUGCAUUGAUGGUCACAUGAUUGGCCUCUAUGAACCUGCAUAAAAUGCUCUAGAGACGGGUCACUUCAGCGCAGUUGACCAAAUCACGGUUUAAGUCUUUGGAAUUCAUAGAAAAGACAUGAGAAACU